AUGGACAGUGAUUCAAAAACUGAUAUUUUAGAAGAUGACUACUAUUCAGUAUUGAAUUUGCCUAAGUCUGUUAGUCAAUUAAAAAAUGCUGAUAUUAUACUCUAAACAACUAUUUUGAAUUUGGUAAUUUGAAUGAUGUAUAUUUUAGGCAUCUCCAGAAGAAAUUACAUUUGCUUAUCGUCGUUUAAGUAAAAUCUAUCACCCUGACAAACAUGUGGAUGAAAAAAAGAAAAAAGAUGCUGAAAUAUUAUUCAACAAGACACAAAAAGCAUAUGAAGGUAAGUGUAUAUUUAUUUUUGAUCGAAACAUUUUUAAUUUUGUUUUUACCUAUUCUAUUCUAUUUAAUUAUUUAUUCUAGUUUUAAAAGAUCCACAUCAAAGGGCAAUUUAUGAUUGUGUGGGUGUAAAAGGUUUAAAAACUGAAGGAUGGGAAAUUGUUCAUAGGACAAAAACCCCACAAGAAAUUCGAGAAGAAUAUGAAGCAUUAGCAAGGUAAAUAAUUCUUAGUAAAAUAACAAUAAAUUUAGUAUAAUCAAUAAAUUAAAUUUUAUUAUAGAGAUCGAGAAGAAAGAAUGUUACGGCUUCGAACAAAUGCCAGAGGUGUAUUUACUGCUCAAAUAGAUGCUACUGAUAUUUUUGAACCUAACCAAUACUUAGAUUAUGAUGAGUAAUGUAUUUUCCUUUAUCAAUAAAUAAAUGUACAGACUAACUUAUUUACUUACUUAGAGAUGAUAGCUAUAUUUAUAUACCUAACAUUGAAGUAUCGUCAAUGUCUAUGUCAAUGUCUACUGAAGCACCAAUUACUCUGCGUGAUACAAUUGUUCUUAGUGGGAAUCUAUCGUCGCGUUCUGGUUCAGGUAUUUAUGUUUAAAUAUUUAUGAUAUUAAUGUUUACCUAUAUGCAAUAUUUAUCCAUAUAUUCAUCAGAAUAAAUACUUAUAUUAAAUAAAUUAUAUUUAGUUUCCAGUAGCUAUAAAAGACUUUUAAGUACCAAUGGAUGGGUUAAGUAUGAUUUAACUGCUGGAAAUGGUCUACAUGUGGGCGCUAAAAUAUUUAAGUAACUACACUUAUUAUUAUUUUUUUUUAUCACCAUUCAUAAUAUUUUUUUUUAGAAUGAUUACAAAAACGGUUUUUGGAACAAUUGAAGGAAGUUUAAAUGAUUUGACGAGUGGUUCAUUAAGACCUGUUGGCCGAAUAUUGUUAGGCACAAGUUUAGGUGCCCGAACGACCGGGUGUAUUUCUUUAGGUGGACGUGUAUCAUCUUUCAAACAUACUAGUUUGUCUACUGAAAUAGAACAUAAUACUGAAAGAAGUUACUGUAUGUGUAAGCUUGAAAUUGGUCUCGCUCCUGCUAUUAGUAUGUUGUAUACAUGGAAAUUUAUUGAACAAGAUUUAUUACUUAGGAUUUAUGCAAAGUAAUUAUUAGUAUCUAUUAUAUAUGUUAAUAUAAGCCAAAUAUUUUAACAUAAAUGUGUUAAUAUCUCUAAGUAUCUACCUGUUUAUGUGUUUUGUUGAAUAAUUGUACAUCAUUAAACAUUAACUAAGACUCAAAUAUGUUUAAAUAGAAUAAGUUAUAUUUAAUUAUAUUACAAUAAUUAUAAAUUAAUAUUUAAAAAAAUUAAAGUUAUUGAUACAUGAGUAUAUUAGAAUGUAGGUGAAAUAUGUGGUAUAUACAAAAUAUGAAGUUGCAGUAAUAUUAAAAAUCUGGUAAAACAAGAAUUUGUUUGAUAUUAAAAAUUAUUUUUAGUAAAAUCUAAAUAAUUUUUAUCAUCUAUCUGUCUCAGCUUUAAAUACCAUUUAGAUUCAUUGCCACUCCACAUUACCUCCUCCAUUUUUUGCCCCUUCUUCUGGAGUCAAAUUUCUAUGAGUCGCAUACAAGUUAUACUAAAGCAUAAUACUAGGGAAAAAACCUAAAUUUGUGAAUUUAUACAUUUAAUUGCAUUAAAUUUUUAAAAUACAUUUAUUUGUUGUAUUUGUUUAUUAACUAUCAAUAUAUAAAGCAAAAUAAUCAGAUUUUCAAACAAGCCAUUUUUGUUUUAUCAAAAUCCAAUUAGUUUAUUUGUAGAUAAAAAAAAUCUUAACAUUUCAAUUCAAUAUUUGAUCAAACUAAAAUAAUUUAGUUUUAAUAAAUAUCUAUUAAUAUUUCCUAUUAAUGCUUUUCACUAAAACAUGUUUCAAAACAAAAUUCUAGUUUACAUAGAUAAACUAUUUUAUUAUUAUUAUUUAGGGCAACGAUUAUUGGCUCAAGUUGUAAAAAUAUUAUUUGCGGUUUUGUGCAUAAAAACCUGUAUUUUCUUUAUUGUAAUGAAAUGGUUAACAAAAAAUUCACCUUUAAAUGAUCAAUAAAAUAAAAUUUGAAAUCAUAUUAAUAAAAAGUUUAAGUUAAUUUAUUAUACAUGUUUGAGGUAUUCACUGAUUCACACUAAAUUACCACUUAAUAAAGUUGUACAAAGCAUUGUCUUGAAAUAUUUGUUAUUGAAUAUAUAUAUAUACAUAUAUAUUUACAGAGCUGGCGCUUUGAAUUCAAGGCUUGAAUAUGGUGUUGAAAAAAAAGUGUCUAAGCUCAAUACUUUUGCAGCUACUGUCCAAAUCGAUACAAUUAAUGGAGUUACACUUAAAAUUAAGUAGGAAAUAGAUGUUUGAAUUGUAAUAUUGUUAUUUCAAGUUGUUAUUUUUAAAACAUUUUUAUAGGUUUAUAAGAGCUAGUCACACAUAUAUUUUUCCAAUUCUUCUUAGUCAUGAUGUAAUUACACCUCCCAUAUUUUAUGCUACUUUUGUACCUAUUGUUUCUUGGUUUGUUGCCAAAAAUGUUAUUUUGGAUCCAAUAAUGAAAGACUACAAAAAUAGAGAAAUCAACAAACAACGUGAAGUUAAUAAAAAAAGGUUAAUUUUUAAAUACAUUUGUUUAAUAUUGUUUAUUUUAAAUUUGUAUACUUUUCCAGAAUGGUAGAGUUACGUCAAGAAGCAUUAGCUGCUAUUAACUUGAUGAUGGCUACAAUGGAAAGAAUAGUGAGGGAGGAGACCAUUAAAAGUGGAUUAAUUAUUGUGUUUGCUAAGUAUGGUAAUGCUGAUUUAAUAAAUCAAUCUGGACUGUCAUCCUUCGAUGAAAGUGAUACUUUACAACCAAACAUUAUUGAUGUCACAGUCCCAUUACAGUGUUUAGUAAAGGAUUCUCAAUUAAUACUGCACACCACUACAAAAGUAAAAAUUAAUUAUUCAAAAUAAAGUUUUAAAUAUGUAAAUGAAAAUAAAAUAAACAUAAUUUUAUUUUUUAAUUUCCCAAAUUUGUAUGUACUCUAUUCUAUAGAUAAAAUUGUACUCAUAUGUAAUUAUAUGUUUCAAAUUUAGAAAAUAAGCUUAAUAAAAAAAUAAGAAGGAACAAAUGUAUUUUUAAAUAUUUCAAUUUUUAUAUUUGUUAUUUAUUUUAAUAAUUAACUUAUUAAAUGUAACUUAAUUAUAUAUGGUACUAGAUUUUAUUCUAUGCAAUUUUGAAUAAUAAAAAAAAAAAGAACAGUAAAGAUUAAUAUUUCUACUGCUACAAAUGUAUAAAAUAAAGAAAAAGUAAAUAUGCUAAGCCUCUUCAAAAAACCACAAAAAUAAAUAAUGUAUACUUUCUCUAUCAAUAUUUGCAACAAAACAAUUUUAAAUUUACAGGAUGAUUCACUAAGUGUGCUCACCCCAUAUUUUGCAUAUAUGGCGUAUUCAAAUUCUGAUUUUUGGAAUUUUUAAGAGCAGUUAAGUCUGAUAUUUUAAAAUACUUAGAUUAGACAAAAUUUAAGCAGUAUACGAACUUUGGUUUUUAAAAUGAGAAUUUAUGCAAAAAAAUUCCACAAUUGGACGGAGUAUUAUUUUAAAUACUAAAUGGUGUCAACAUUUUUGGUUUUCAUUGACUUGUUAAAGAGAUAUUCCACCUUUGAGUUUCAUUUUGGAUUAUCAUUUGUGUGGCGGCGUGGCGCGCAACGUUUUAUUAGUGCCAACACCAAAAUGUAUUUAAAGUAAUACUCCAUCUAUUUAUGGAAUUUUUAAUAUAUAUUCUCAAUUGAAAAACCAAACUUGGUAACCUAUCUAAGGUUACUCCUUAAAUGUGAAAAAUCUAAGCAUUCAAAAAUAUCAGCUUAAACUACAUUUAAAAAUUUCAAAAAUAAGAACUUGAAUAUUUGAAAAAUUCAACCAGAAAAAUGGGGUGAGCAUGCUUAGUGAAUUACCCUGCAUAAUUUAGUUAAUUUAUGUAUUAUAUAUAGUUUACUAUUUUGUUGGUUUUUGAAAAUACUUUAAGUUUUAAAUAAGGUAUAUAUAUUUGAAAUUAUUAACUUAAAAAUAUUUAUACAUAUAGUAUAUACAUAAAAAUAUAUUUUUUAUUAAAAAUAUGAAUGUUUUAUCUAUUAAAAAUGUUAUAUAUAACGUUUUUAGUGUCAGUUACCUGGAUUUUAUGACCCAUGUAUCGGCGAAGAUAAAGUGUUAACUAUACAAUACACUUAUAGAGAUCAAAAUUAUGAAGUAACAAUUAAUGAUAAUGAACCUCUCAGAAUUCCUCGACCACAUUGUGAGUAUUUAACUUUUUCUAUAAUUUUUAAAUUCAGUUAUAUGCAAUUAAAUUACAUUUAAGAUUAAUUAUAAUGUAUUUAAUAUGCAUUUUUAUUUUUUCAUGGUCCAUUCUAUAUUUGAUAUUUUUAAAUAUAUCAGAAAUAUUGUUUUUGGUAGUCAGAAAAUAGUUUAACCAUAAAAUUACUAAAUAAAAAAAAAGUUCAGUUUAAUUUUUUUUUUCAAAAAAAAUGUUAAUCUAUUAAUAAUACUGAAAAAUAAUUUGUUAUUAAUAUAAAAAAAAAGAUGAACAUACUUCACACUAUGGGUGUGACACUGUUAUAGGUGAGAAGUUGGAAAAGUAGGAUAUAGAGGGAAUUUAAUAUAUAUCUGUACACAACCAUUAAUAAUAAUAAUUAUUGUUAUUGUUUAUUAAACUCCAAAGCAGCAAUUUUACCUAGUAUAACAAUUAUGGUGAUUUGGUAUAGGUGAGGAAUAAAUCUAGUUUUACAACCCAAACUCAUUUUUCAAAAUGUGUGUUUUUGACAUUAAAUUAAGAAUCUACAAAAAAGUCUGAUGAACUUCGUUUAGAAGUUAUUUGGGAAAACUUCAUGAAGUUCGAGUUUUCCAUUUUGCAUAUUUCUAAGUUAGAAUUUAACAUUUUCAAAUUUUUUUUUUUUCCCCAAAAUGUAUGGGUUUUAAUGUUUAAUCCAUUGAUGUAAUCAAUUAUAAUCAAAUAAACUUACCUAUCACACUUAUUUGUAUAGUUAUUAUACAUAAACCUUGAAAAAUAACAUUUUUGGAGUUAAUUCAAAAUGUGGUAAAAAUAGAAAUUUUUUUUAUUAUCAUUUGUAGUUAUUGUUAUUUGAUAACAAAGUUUUUUUUAUUGAAGUCAGAAUAAGUCAAUCUCUAGAUUUAGAGUUACAAACAUUCAAACACCCAUGUUUCGCAGCGCUCACUCGGAUAAUUUUAAUUGAAAAUAAUCCUCGAUUUGUUGUGCAAAAUUAUGUCGGGUAAAUAACAAGGUAAAGUGAGAAAGUAUUUUAGGUUGGUAGGUUUAUGUACAAUAACUAUUAAAGUAAGUAUGAGAAGUAAGUUUUGAUCAUACCAAUGGAUUAAGUAUUAAAAAACACAUUUUGGGGGAUAAAGAAAAAAUUGGGAAAUGUUUAAUUCUAACUCAAAAACGCAAAAUGGAAAAGACAUACUUCAUGAAGUUUCCCUCUUAACUUCCAAAUGAACUUUUUUUUUUUGAUUCCUUAUAUACAGUCAAUAAAACACAUUUUGAAAAAAAAAUUUAAAAAACGAGCUUAGGUUGUAAACUAGAUUUAUACCGUAGGUGAUUAUUAGGUACAAUAUGCUAGCACACAUAAAUAAUAAAAAGACAAAAUUAGUUUAAGAUAAUAAAUUAAUAAUUCAAAAAUAUACAUUUAAUUUGGUUAACUAUUUAAAUAAAAGUAGAAUAGUGGCCUCAGAACUAAUUGUUAUUUGUAGUAUUAAUAUUUGCUAACGAAAAACGAUUCUAAGUGAAGUUCGAUUAUACAUGUAAAUCAUGUAUAACGCAAUGUAUAGGACAUAAUAUUAGCGAUUUUUGUCAACAUUUGAUAUUGAAAUUCAUAUAAAAUAAAAACAUGACCUUACCAAAGAAAAUGCACUCUAUAAUACACAAUAUAUUUGUAAAUGUGAACCGGUAGUAGCCAUUAUAACGGUUGGUUUAAAGUCUAAAUUCUCAUCAUUGUUCUGAAAUAUGCAGUUAUAUAUUCUCAAAAGACAAACAAAAUGCAUUGAUCCAGCUUUUGUUAUGGAUUUCUGGAUUCCAUAAAAUAAUAAAAUAUGCAAUAUGCAAAUGGUAUUUUCAUUCAGUUCACGACUCCCGAUACGUGAAUCAAACUAGUAUGUAUUUGUAAACAUUAAAUAUAAAUCAAAUUACAAAAUUUCAUGAGUAUCCAAGCUUUGUAUUUAUUAUAUUUAUCUAGAAUUUUUAUCGCUUAUAAAAAUCAAUUAAAAAAGCCCUCAAUAUUAAUACAUUUCAUAAAUUUUUCUUUUUUCCAUUUAUUAUGAAAACAGUAUGGAAAAAUCUAAAAAUGAACUUUCUAAACUACCACCCCGGUCAGAUUUUUUUUCAUAAAAAGUGCUACACUAAAAAAUUUGAGACGAAUUGCUGGUUUAAGAGUUGUCCAUAGAAAAAAUAAAUAUUGCAAAAUCAAUACAUUCUUCGUUACAUUCAGAACAUAAAAAAAAUACAUAAUUUUUACUAAAAUGAUUUUCGUUAAACUUUGAUAUUAAAAUUCUUAUAAAAAAAAAAUCUACAUUACCCUAUUUUUUUUCACCAAGUACAACUUAUAAUGAACUUCCUGUUAAAUUCUCUAACUAUUCUGUUUUAUCUAACAAUUUUAUCCACUGACCAAAAAUUACAUAAAAAAUCCCGUAAAAUUAAAAUAUCUAUUAAUAACUAAAAAAUGUCUGGAAAAGACAAAAAUAAGUUUUCUGUACAAACUUCGUGUCUACAAUUAUUUUUAACUGAAUCAAAAUAAAAAAUUGUGAACAUUAACAUUUUGUAAUUUUUCCCGUUUUUUUAUAAUUUAUUAUGAAAAUAGCAUGGAAAAUCAAAAAAUGACCUCCCUAAUGUAUCUCUCCAGUCAGAUUUCCUUUCAGAAAAAGUGCUUGAAAAUUUGAGCAAAAUUACUGUUCACAGAUUAAAGAAAAAAAACAUCAUUGUAAAACUAAAAUAUUUCUCGUUUUGCUCAGAAUCUAAAAUGAAUGAUAUAUAAUAGUGCAAUAAAAUUUUUAACUAACAAUUUGUUAAAAUUUAUUUUGUUUAUGGCUAAUAUUAAUUAAAAAUUCUUCCACUGAUAUUUUAUUAUUGGCAUUUUAGAGUAUAAGUUUGUUAAACGUUCACUGUUGUUACUAAACUUCUGUCUUUUUGAUGCUGAAAUCCCUUUAUCUAUUUCUUGCAACACUAUUUUAAGGUCUAUCUACUCCUGACUUAUCACUCAUUUAGAAAACUAACUUCCUGAUGGUUGAAUGUACUUGUCUGGGGAGAUGCGUAAAAUGGUGUUCCAACUCUUGCAACUCUAUCGUUAGUACGAUGUUGAUAGUUUAUUGUAGCAUUUAUUUUUCUAUCUACCUUCUAUUACUGUAGGUUAGGUAACAAUAAAUCAAACUGGACUUUUUUCCAUUUAAUAAUUUUGUGGUAAGACUUUAAAAUUAAAUCUGACUUUCCAAGAUUUAUUGUUUUUAACAUUUAAAUCAUAAAUUAUUAAUUUUUCACAGUUUUAAUAAGUUCAUAAAGGAUAAACUUUUAUUAAAUAUAUUCAAUUUUAUUUUUCUAUAAAUAUUGUUCAUGUAAUUAAAAACUUACAAAAUUUACUAAAGUAUUUUAUAUAUUAUAAGAAAUAACUUCAUAAUUUUAUUCUUUAAGGAUUUUAUUUUUAAAUUACAUAAACUAUCUUUAUUUAAUUACACAAAUAAUAUUAUUCAUAGUUUAUAAUAAAUUUCAAUAAAUUUUUAUUAUUUUUAGCGCAUCUGGUUAGAACUUCUACACCAUCUUGA